AUGCGCCCGCUCUUCGCGGUGGGCCUGGUGUUCGCCGGCUGCUGCAGUAACGUGAUCUUCCUGGAGCUGCUGGUCAGGAAGCAUCCAGGAUGCGGGAACAUUGUGACGUUUGCACAAUUUUUCUUUAUUGCUGUGGAAGGCUUUCUCUUUGAAGUCAAUUUUGGGAGGAAGCAGCCAGCUAUCCCAAUAAGGUACUAUGCUGUCAUGGUGACCAUGUUCUUCACGGUCAGCGUGGUGAACAACUACGCCCUGAACCUCAACAUCGCCAUGCCCCUGCACAUGAUAUUCCGAUCGGGUUCUCUAAUUGCCAACAUGAUUCUAGGAAUUAUCAUUUUGAAGAAAAGAUACAGUAUAUUCAAAUAUGCUUCCAUUGCCCUGGUGUCUGUGGGGAUAUUUAUUUGCACUUACAUGUCAGCAAAGCAGGUGACGUCCCAUUCCAGCUUGAGUGAGAAUGAAGGAUUCCAGGCAUUUACAUGGUGGUUACUAGGUAUCGGGGCGCUGUCGUUCGCGCUCCUGAUGUCCGCGAGGAUGGGCAUCUUCCAAGAGACUCUGUACAAACAGUUUGGCAAGCACUCCAAGGAGGCUUUGUUUUACAAUCAUGCCCUUCCACUGCCUGGAUUCAUCUUCUUGGCUUCUGACAUCUAUGACCACGCAGUUCUUUUCAAUAAGUCUGAAUUAUACGAAGUUCCAGUUGUUGGUGUGGCAAUGCCCAUCAUGUGGUUCUACCUCCUCAUGAAUGUCAUCACUCAGUACGUGUGCAUUCGGGGUGUCUUUAUUCUCACCACGGAGUGCACCUCCCUCACCGUCACACUCGUCGUGACGCUACGCAAGUUUGUGAGCCUCAUCGUCUCCAUCUUGUACUUCCAGAACCCUUUCACUGUGUGGCACUGGCUGGGCACCUUGUUUGUCUUCAUUGGGACCCUCAUGUACACAGAGGUGUGGAACAACCUGGGCAUCACCAGAAGCCAGCCUCCGAAGGAGGACAAGAAGAACUGA